GCUGGAACCCAAGAUUUGAUAGCCCGUGGCUUACGUAUCUAGAAUUUGGCCAACGCUCAACAUGGUCACGUAUAUUUCUCGAGACAACAAUCUCAAUGAUGGUCGAAUCAUAGUGUCCGGGUCGAAUCUGAAUCCAAUACUCCAAAUGAUCUCCUGGUUACUCAUGUCAAUUAUGUCUCUUAUGCUCUGCUUCAGGCAAUUAACUCGAUGUUUCAUCAAGGCAGGCAUACCCUUCUCUUGGGAAGACUUGCUAGUCCUAAUAUCAUUUAACUGAAAGAAGGAAACAAGGUUGGACUCGCACGGGAUCUUCUUUUUACCCUUAGUCUUGGGUUUUCCAAGCUAUCCGUUUACUUAAAUCUGA